GCUUGUUUGAUGCUCUACUGCAGUAUAAUAAAUAUUUUCUGACAACAAGAUGAAGGAAUCUAAGGGAAUUUCGCAUUUCCAUGCUGGGUUCUGGACCGUAGGCCUAUUCAUUGUUGUGUUUUUGUGCACUUGUAAUGGCGAUAUCACGUAUUCCGUGCCAGAGGAAAUGAAGAAAGGGACGGUGUUUGGCAAUAUAGCAAAGGAUCUUAGUCUCAGUGUUAAAGGACUAUCGGAUCGCAAAGCUCGAAUAGACAUGGAAGGAAAUGGCCGACGUUUUUUUGAUCUACAGGGAGGACAACUGGCUAUUGCAGAAAUAAUUGACCGCGAGGAGCUGUGCGGAUCAAAGCCGUCAUGCUCUUUAAACUACGAAUUAGUUUUGGAGAACCCCUUGGAAUUGCAUCAGAUUACACUGCAGAUUGAGGAUAUAAAUGACAACCCACCUCGUUUUCCGAAGAGUGAAAUCAGAUUGGAAAUCAGGGAAUCUGCCCAUAAAGGCGAACGUUUCCCUUUGGAUGAGGCCCACGAUCCCGAUGUGGGGCGAAAUGGAAUACAGAACUAUUCCCUUGAGAAGAAUGAUUAUUUUCGCAUAGAUGUGAAUUCGCAUUCGAAUGGUCGAAAAUACGGUGAAUUGGUUUUAAAUAAAGAGCUUGAUCGUGAACAGCAGCAGCAGGUGACAUUGUUGCUUACUGCUAGUGACGGAGGCUUUCCACAAAGAUCUGGUACUGCGGUCGUACGUGUUAUUGUCCUUGAUGCAAACGAUAAUCUUCCUGUAUUCAGUGAAACCGUUUAUAAAGUUAGUCUACCUGAAAAUUCUCAUUUAGGUACUGUGGUUGUGACUGUAAGUGCUACUGACGCUGAUGAAGGAGCCAAUGGAGAGAUUACAUAUGAAUUUAGUCACAUAUCUGAUAAAGAAGCUAGACUUUUCUCUAUUAAUGAGGUGACUGGAGAAAUCAAUAUGAUAGGAACAGUAGACUUUGAGGACAAAAAUGAGUAUGAAUUAUGGGUUAAGGCAAAAGAUGGUGCAGGGUUGGCAUCCAACGCCAAAGUUGAUGUAGAGAUCACAGAUGUAAAUGACAACGCGCCUGUGAUAUACAUCAAAUCACUUAAUGUGCCAAUCCCUGAAAAUGUAGCCUCAGGAAGUGAAAUAGGGAUUAUUAAUGUUCAGGAUAAAGAUACAGGGGGAAAUAAACAGAUACGCUGUACCAUUCAGCAGAAUGUUCCUUUUAAAUUAAAUCCAUCCAUUAAAAACUACUACACACUUGUUACAACCGCUGAAUUGGACCGAGAACUUAUAAGUGAUUAUAAUGUGACAAUAACAGCUACUGAUGAAGGCUCACCACCAUUAUCUUCUUCCAAGACAAUCCAUCUCUCUGUCUCUGAUGUAAAUGAUAACCCUCCUGUAUUUGAACAUCAGUCCUACAGCGCAUAUGUGACUGAGAAUAACAAGCCUGGCUCCUCUGUCUGUUCUGUUACUGCGAGAGACCCAGACUGGAGACAGAAUGGCACAGUGUUCUACUCUCUGUUGCCCAGUGAGGUCAAUGGUUUUCCGGUCUCCUCAUAUGUAUCCAUUAAUGGAGACACAGGGGUGAUCCAUGCUGUGAGGGCCUUUGACUAUGAGCAGUUCAGAAGCUUCAAAGUUCAGGUUGAAGCCAGAGACAAUGGUUCUCCUCCACUCAGCAGCAACGUGACUGUGAGUGUGUUCAUAACAGAUGAGAAUGAUAACUCUCCUCAGAUAUUAUACCCUACUCCAGAAGGAAACUCCUUCAUGACUGAGAUGGUUCCUAAAGCUGCUCUUUCUGGCUCGCUGGUCUCCAAAGUGAUCGCUGUUGAUGCUGACUCUGGACAGAACGCGUGGCUGUCGUAUCAGAUCGUGAAGUCGACUGAUCCGGGACUUUUCACUAUUGGUCUCCACAGUGGAGAGAUCAGGGCUCAGAGGGACAUUUCUGAAUCUGACAGCAUGAAGCAGAACCUUGUGAUCUCAGUGAAAGAUAACGGACAGCCCUCUCUCUCUACAACCUGUGCCGUAUAUUUACUCAUCUCUGAUAACUUGGCUGAAGUUCCUGAACUGAAAGACAUGUCUUAUGAGGAGAGCAAUUCUAAACUCACAUCUUAUCUGAUCAUUGCUCUCGUGUCUGUU